CCGCGCAUGCGUAGCAGAAGGUAAAGAAGAUGGCGGACAAGACGUCUCGGAGUACAUGGCUGGGUGUUAAACCCGUGCCUAUGAAACUCUUCGCCACUUGGGAAAUAGAAAAGACCUCACCCAAUUGUAUACCAAGAAUGUGCAGUUUGACGUUAACCCGCCUGGUGGUCCACAGAGCCCUGGAGAAUGACCUCACCUCAAUCAUCAUUGCAGUUAAGAUGCAGAGUUCCAAGAGAAUACUCCGCUCAAACGAGAUCAUUGUGCCACCAGGGGGAGUUCUUGACACAGAACUUGAUCUUUCAUUUUCAUUGCAGUAUCCACACUUCCUGAAAAGAGAUUGCAAUAAACUACAAGUCAUGUUGCAGAGGAGGAAAAAAUAUAAAAACCGGACCAUCUUGGGAUUUAAAACAUUAGCGAUUGGUCAAGUCAAUAUGUCACAUGUAUUACAGAGGUCUGUAGACAAGGAGUUGAGGAUGUUCUCUGACCUCAAGGAACGAACCAACGCUGUAGCUCACAUAAUGGUGCUUGCUUUAUCUAGUCAGCCAGUGGACCACGAAGAGAAUGGUCAUCGAAAACAAACAUCAUCUGAUGUCGACCGUUCUCCAGAUGUUGACAAUGACUCUGACGAAGAGGAUGUCCAUGACUUCAAUGACCAGGACUUCUCCUCCAAUGAUGAGAUGAGCGACAUUGAGCCCAUGAUGCUGGAGGAAGAUGGCCGACCGAGACCUAGGAAGACCAGUCGCAGCAAGAUACGACCGGUUACAUCUAGGCAACGGAAUAUUAAACAGAGGUUCAUAGCUUUACUGAAGAAGUUCAAGGUUUCAGCAGAAGAUGUAUUGGACUCUGAGGCAGACCAUGACCUCAACGACCCUGACAACACACCCGGUGACAUCGACGACCUUCUAGAUCAGUGGGAUGACAUGAGUGACAGUGGCCCUGAGCUGGACACCAUGAGUGUCAUGUCAACACCAAAACCAAGACUCAGACCCUUCUUCACCGGGAGAGGAAGCACCCAUGAAUCAGAUGUCUCAGCACCAAAAGUCCAGGAAUCCUUCCGCCUGAGUGAUGACAACGUGACCCGACGACUCGACAACGACGGCAACAUUGAGCAAGAUGUGGAAAUAUCUGAUUCGCAGACUCCCUGUGAGUCGUCCCCCAAGACCAUUACCCCACUCCUAAAACACAGGGGCAUGCGAUUCGUUCGGGAAAGGAGCACAUCGUACCGCGAGAAAAAGAGCAAAAAGGAACACAAGAUGAUCGAGAGACGCAACAGUGCCGGAGGGUCAGACGACGUGCCAAGGAAAGCUCUCCUCGAUCAGCUCAGUACUGUGUUGGGAAAUGGAGACGACCGUCUGCCAGAAAGCGUCUUCCUCAUCAAUGCUGCCGAGUGGCAAGGACAGCUCCUUGUACAGAAGCUUCAAGAGAAACAAUGGCGCCUCAUCUGCACAUGCUCAAAUGCCGACGUGAAGGCUGCCAUCAGCUUCCUAGUUGCUAAGAUACAGAGGUUUUGUAACAGUAACUCCAAGAGUCCAAGCCCGAUCAAGGUUGGAGUAGCGGGCGGAGACUCGUACAUCAACUCAGUACUCAGACCCUAUGUGGAACAACUGGCCUCCAAGUCACAUGACUGGCAGACGUACACAAAAUUUCUAGUCAUUCCAUUUGGUAGUAGUUUAGUGGGGAAGUAUCUUGCCAGUAUAGACAGCACCUACGCACAACUGUUUGUCGACUCCCUGUGGAAAGACACCUUUGACAAGACAGAUGCAACGAAACCUACACUGGAUUCCCAAGAGAUCAUCAACCGGGUCUCCAAGUACCUGAGUGGAUCGACCAGCAUCCACCAGAUGCCCAUCGCAGAAGCCAUGGUUAUGUGCAAGGGCAAAACGUAUGAGGUGAAGAUUGGAACCCCAGAAACAUUUAGCAUGUCGGUUGAGCUGGAGGAAGGUGCUACCAGUCCCCCUAGUCUGUCAAGUUCCCCUCCAGCCUCCGCCCCCAUAGCUAUCAAGGCCAGUGAGGGUCAGACCCCUCCCAGCUCCCCCAACAUCAGCACCAUGUCUCCAUCAGGGAGUCAAAAUGCAAACAUCGGUCAGUUGUCGUCGGCAGAGUUCAUGGAGCUGCAGGUGGACUACUGGACAACUUCCAGCAAGUCUGACAGCAAGAAGGAGAGCAACAAGUGCUCGCUGAAGACGGCAUUCCGCUCCCUCAGUGUCUGUCGUCUUCCGUACCAGGGCGAGCAGGCAUCCUCUUCCUUCAGCAUGGUUGUGGUCACUCGGGAGAAGAAACGGGAGAAGAAACAGAAGAUUAUGAGGAUCGGGAAGAAAGCCAAAGAAAUUGAGUCCAAAAGCCAAAACAUUGACAGUAUCAGUCGACUUAUUUGUACUUCCAAGAGCCAGAAUUAUUCUCUGAAAGUGGUGAUCGAUGGAGUGGAAUGGCCAGGUGUGAAGUUUUUCCAGUUGUCAUCUCAGUGGCAGACGCACAUAAAGAACUUCCCAGUGGCUGUGUUCAACUCGUACGACUCGGUGUUAUAGACAGCAGCAGCAGCAGGCUACUGAUGGUCAGUAGGUGAUAAGCUAUCAACCAUGGCUCUCGGCAUUAUCAGGACCUUCAUCUCACCAGUGUCUAACUGGAACAUGGCUUGUGACUGAAUGUUGGCAUUUGAAGCAAGAAGAUGGAGAUGUGUGAAAUCAGCUGGGUAUUUGUACUGGAGGUUGAUGAUGAAGGUAGUUGUUUCUGUGCAACACUCAACUUGGACCAGGGCUGCUUUAGCUCAUAGCGUUAUGUUUGACGGAGAUGACGAUUUUGUGUGUCCUAUAUGGCUGCUUCCAUACAUCUGUUUUAUAAUAGCAAAUGACACUUGCUAACUGGCUUUAGCUCGGAGUGGAACACUGAAGAAACAAAUUAUUUUGUGUCAGUGUUGGGAGAUCCCAACAUGGCUGCUUCCAUGCGUCUGAUUUUGUGUAUAGCAGACGACACUGGAAUUGAUUUGAUCUGAAACUCUAGUGAUAUUGUAUUCAGCCAUUACAGUCUCAGCGACAUAGAACUGUGUGACCCAGUCUGUCCGUUCGUCUGUAGUCUGUGUUGGUAAUAUCAUCACACCAGCUUUUCGUCUGCUAAUUUAGGUGUGAUGUAAAUUGGUGCCUAGUGAUUAUCACACCCCAAAACAGUGCGCCAGAAUAACUGGUUUGUUGGAAGGGAGUAACACAUGCUCAUAGCAUCUCACGCACAUGCUGCUGUCCUUUAGACAGCAGUGCUUUCCCUGAGGCUUGCUUGUGCUACACCAGUGCUUUCCCGGAUGCUUGUGCUCCAUCAGUGCUUUUCUUGCAUCCAAGGAGGAGAAAGAUCUUUGUGCUUUCAUUGUUGCGAGCAGGUCUGGUGUAUGUUCUGCUCACAAUGUACUAAACUGGUAGUAUUCUCAACUCUGUGUCUUGAACCAACAUCAUGUUUCUAAUUCCCAAUGCCUUUUUUCUAGAUUCAAUUUGAAUUUAUUCAUACCUGAAGGAAAGAGGUUUUACCAAAGAAUGAAGAGAAAUCCUCUGGGAUUCACCGGCCAUUGGAGGAGAAUAAGCUAAUGAUGGUGAAUCACCCUGUGUGAUCAUUCUUCCCACAGUCAAACAUAUUUGCAUAUUAUUGUGUUUACACCAAGGCAAUAACUAACACUUUAAUUUUAAUUCAUGGAUUUUCUAACUUCACGACCUACAUUGCUUAGCAAUCCUCCUGUAACAACUGGUUCCUGUUAUUGGCAGUUAUAUUUGCUCCUCGAAA